GCUGGGGGAGGGGAGGGGAAGUGGGGUGGGGAGCAGAGGGCUCAGCUGUUCCCCUCCAGCUGUGAAGGAGUUAACACGUCCCCACCGCACCACAGAGGUCAGAAGCUGUCCUGGCCUCUGCCCUCCAAGCCUUGGGGUCCUGGGACGGUCAAGGCAGCCUCCGGCAGCUGGGUUCUCAACUGUGCCCAUCCACAAGAGAGCCUUCGUGAGCAGGCGCCCCGCAAACGGGUGUUUGCUGUGUGGCUCUCUUGCCGACGCUGUUUUACUCACCAAACACCCGCCUAGAAUUUGCCAGAAUUUGCACCAGGCUUCGUUCCAGACACCUGACAGACAUCAGCUUGUUUAAUGCCGUGACUGUCCUGGGAGGCAGGACCCGGUGCCAGGCCAUGUGGUGGAUGAGGGACUGGUGCCCCCCAGCUAGCCCACAUUUAUUUAGUUCUUGCUGUAUACCUCUCAUGCACUUCCCACGGCAGCCCCAGGGGGCACGGCCGUCCCAUCUUUCCGGUGAGAGCCACUCAGCACAUACCCCACAGGAAGUGUGCACUUCCUUUCCAGGGGGCCCCCCUGUCCCCCUGCUUACCUGGGUCAGGGCUAACAGGCAGGUGUGGGCUUGGCCUGCCCAAGACUGGCCAGCAUGGCAGAGAGGUCCAGAAUGAACAGCUUCACCUGGGGGUCCCCAGCACAGCCAGAGUCCCAUCCCAGCCCCCGAGGGUCCCGUCCCCACCCUCCACCCCAGGAUGCUGCAACGCAGGGUUUGGGGGUGGAGACCCCUAUUAAAAGCCAGCAACGUGCUGGUUACCAGCAGCCGGCGAACCUGCCCUAAGCUGUUCUCGGUUCUUUGGGUCUCCGUCCCAACCCCCCAAAUGGUUUGUGGUUGUCGGCAGGUACCCUCAUAGUUUCCUAGCUGGCUAUCACUUGCGUUACAAUUAAAAGUAUUUUUAUUUGCGACGAUUCGUUUCCCCCUUUUUAAACAGAUCGGGCAUAUUCACCUGUGUCUGGUCUGCUCCCCUCUCCGAACACUCCCAGAUUUUGUCCUAAUUAAACUUAUUUAUUGAUACGAACUUCAUGAACGCCCAUGGGUCCACUGCCAAGAGCUAGAACUUGAACGAACUCAUCUUUGGGUUCUCCCUUAGCGUUUGUCACAGAGAGGGAAACUAUAUUUCUAACAAAAAUUGGAGAGAGUUAGGUUACCCCUUGUCGUAAGUGGAGGACAAGUGGGAAAAUGCUACAAUGAAUGCAAAACCCAGUCUCUGCCUUCUGGUUGGCCGCUGUCGCCUCCACGGGGUGUGAGGCCCAGGCCCAGAGACCAGAGAGCACUACAGGGGUUAAAGGUAGAGUUGCCCCACAAUGAGCCUUUCUCUUUGGUAGAAUCGGGGUUGGUUGAAAAGGGACGGGCAUUCGCCUGCUACGUCAUAACUGCGCCUCUGUCCCUCCUGGAGUCGUGCACCGCAGGGUGCUGGGCCACACUUGGGAGAACUGGAGACAUCCAUCCCUCUCCGGGUGUGGAACAAAGGAACAACAGAGGGGUCCGAAACCCCCUCCCUCUGUAAACCAUGUCACAUAUUCUGCAACCUUGCAAACCUGAACGACUUGGGCCACAGUGCCAUUGGUGGUGCCCUUGUGCAGAAAGACGAGGGCACGGCCCCGCCCUCCCUCUCCCUGGGGAAGCAGAGGCCUGUCCCUGCCAGGAGCAAGGGUGCUUUAUCCCACCUAAUUCUCGCAAGGCUCUGGGAGCAAAGUUCUAUGUGAUUCCCACGGAGCAUACGAGGAAACCAGACCGACGCGCAGGGAGGCUAAGUGACUUGCUCAGUGUCACAGCUACCAAGUGGUUGAGUCAGGCUUCAAACCCAGGAAGGCAAACCAAUUACUGACCGACGCCUUCAUGAGCCGUCUCAUCCCCCCGAACCUGUUUCUUUAUCCAUAAAAUGGGGCAACGGGGCAACGGUACUUAGCGCGUGGAAUCAUCAUGGACACGGACGACGACGACAGACUGCCUGCAAACCGCUUAGAACAGCGCCUGGCGCACACGACGCCUCCCGCCGACCGCGGGUACUGCUCCCGGACAGGACACGGAGGUGCGAUCCAGGAGGUGGCGCCGGGAUGGUCGGCAAGGAAGGGCCAGGGAGAUGCGAGUGUGUCGGAGGGAGGGCAGGCAGGGGACCUACUGUGUCUUCUGAGCCCCAGGCCAACUCACCGCGAGCCAGCGGCCACGCCCGCCGUGGCCGUGGGCCGCCCCCCACCUGGCGGUCCCAGCCUCCGCGCGCCCUGGUCUCCGCCGCCGGUGCGCUCAGGCGCGCUUGGCUGGGGCUCCGGCAGAGGGCGCGCGAGGGGUCCCGGGGACGGGCGGGGGACACGCGGGAGGCGGGAUUGGGGGGAGGGCCCUGGGCUGCCCCUCCGCCCCCUGCCCGCCCUCCCGGAGCUCCAGCCGCCGGUGGCCCCUGCGCGCUCUGUCUCCUCCGCGCACAGCUCCUACCUGUAGAGUCCGAGGGGCGCCCCCUCCCCGGACACCUAUUCUUCUCCCUCGGAAACCUCCCCCCCAGCUACCCGCGUCUCGGACGGGCGGCGCUGGGACCCCGAGACAGGGCGCCAGGCUCGCAGCUGGUGACAUGUAGACGCCCCCUCCGCGGUCCAGCCUCGGCGCCUGGGCACCCUUCUGCCCGUAAAGUUUGGGGCUGGGCGCCAUGGCCAAGAGCAGCUCCCUGAACGUCCGCGUGGUGGAGGGCCGGGCGCUGCCUGCCAAGGACGUGUCUGGGAGCAGUGACCCCUACUGCCUCGUGAAGGUGGAUGACGAGGUGGUGGCCAGGACAGCGACCGUGUGGAGGAGCCUGAGCCCCUUCUGGGGAGAGGAAUACACCAUCCACCUGCCCAUGGAUUUCCACCAUCUGGCCUUCUACGUGCUGGACGAGGACACGGUGGGGCAUGAUGACGUCAUCGGCAAGAUCUCGCUGAGCAGGGACACGAUUGCGGCUGACCCCCGAGGAAUUGACAGCUGGAUCAACCUGAGCCGUGUGGACCCGGACGCAGAGGUGCAGGGUGAGGUCUGCUUGGAUGUGCAGAUGCUGGAGAACGCGCGGGGCCGUUGUCUUCGAUGUCACGUGCUUCAGGCCAGGGACCUGGCCCCCCGAGAUAUCACCGGCACCUCUGACCCGUUUGCACGUGUGUUCUGGGGCAGUCAGAGCUUGGAGACUUCAACCAUUAAGAAGACCCGCUUCCCACACUGGGAUGAGGUGCUGGAACUUCAGGAGAUGCCAGGUGCCCCGGCCCCGCUGCGGGUGGAACUCUGGGACUGGGACAUGGUGGGCAAGAACGACUUCUUGGGCAUGGUGGAGUUUCCCCCACCGGUCCUGCAGCAGAACCCUCCCCGUGGCUGGUUCCGUCUCCUGCCCUUCCCCAGAGCCGAGGAGGAUUCUGGGGAGCAGCUGGGUGCCCUGCGGCUGAAAGUGCGCCUCAUCGAGGACCGCAUCCUGCCCUCCCACAACUACCGGCCGCUCACGGAGCUGCUCACGGAGGCUGUGCGGGGGCCGGCAGAGGAGGAUGCCGCUAGUCCCCUGGCCGUGCUGGAGGAGCUGACCUCAGGGGACUGCCGCCAGGACCUUGCCACCAACCUGGUGAAGCUCUUUCUUGGCCAGGGCCUGGCCGGGCCCUUUCUGGACUAUCUCACUCGGCGCGAGGUGACCCGGACCACCGACCCCAACACCCUCUUCCGCUCCAACUCCCUGGCAUCCAAGUCAAUGGAACAGUUUAUGAAGCUCGUGGGCAUGCCUUACCUGCACGAGGUCUUGAAGCCCGUGAUUAACCGCGUCUUCGAGGAGAAGAGAUACAUCGAGCUGGACCCUUGCAAGAUAGACCUGGGUCGCACCAGGAGAAUCUCCUUCAAGGGCGCACCCUCCGAGGAGCACGUGAGGGAGGCCAGCCUAGGGCUGCUGACGGGCUACCUGGGGCCCAUCGUGGAUGCCAUUGUGGGCUCCGUGGGGCGCUGCCCGCCUGCCAUGCGCCUCGCUUUCAAGCAGCUGCACCAGCGCGUGCAAAAGCGCUUCCCCCAGGCGGAGCACGAGGAUGCGAAGUACCUGGCCAUAAGUGGCUUUCUCUUCCUGCGAUUCUUCGCCCCUGCAAUCCUUACCCCGAAGCUGUUUGACCUCCGGGACCAGCAUGCGGAUCCCCAGACCAGCCGCUCCCUGCUACUUCUUGCCAAGGCUGUGCAGAGCAUCGGAAACCUGGGCCAGCAGCUGGGCCAGGGCAAGGAAUUAUGGAUGGCCCCCCUGCACCCCUUCCUGCUGCAGAGCAUCUCACGUGUGAGAGACUUCCUGGACCAGCUGGUGGAUGUGGACGGGGAGGAGGCUGGGGGCCCAGCCAGGGCCCUGGUGGCCCCCUCGGUGAUUGUUCGUGAAGGUUACCUGCUGAAGCGCAAGGAGGAGCCUGCCAGCCUGGCCCCACGCUUUGCCUUCAAGAAACGUUACUUCUGGCUCAGCGGGGAGACUCUCUCCUACUCCAGGAGUCCUGAGUGGCAGAUGCGCUUCUCCAUCCCGGUGUCGCACAUCCGCGCCGUGGAGCGCGUGGACGAGGGCGCCUUUCAGCUGCCGCACGUGAUGCAGGUGAUGGCGCAGGACGGCGCCGGGGCACUGCGGACCACCUACCUCCAGUGCAAGAAUGUGAACGAGCUCAACCAGUGGCUGUCGGCCCUGCGCAAGGCCAGCGCCCCCAACCCGGACAAGCUGGCCGCCUGCCACCCGGGUGCCUUCCGCAGCUCGCGCUGGACCUGCUGCCUGCAGGCCGAGCGCUCAGCUGCCGGCUGCAGCCGCACGCACUCGGCCGUCACCCUGGGGGACUGGAGUGACCCGCUGGAUCCCGACGCUGAGAUCCAGAUGGUGUACCGGCAGCUGCUCCUGGGGCGGGACCAGCUCAGGAUGAAAUUCCAGGAGGAUUUCAACAUAGAUACAAGCCCGGAGGCGGAUACAAUGAGGGCCUCGGGGGCCAAGGAAGGGGCCUGUCCUGAAGCCCUGGCCCGGCAGAGAGAGGCAGCUGGCCGCCUUCUGGAGGUGCUGGCAGAUCUGGACAGAGCCCACGAGGAGCUCCAGCAGCGGGAGCAGCAGAAAGCGGCCCUGGGUCCCCUGGGGCACUGAGGAGAUGCCAGAGCCAGCCUGGAAGGAGGAGGAAGGAGCCAUCGGGCCCCUCUCAGGGCACCCCGGCCCCUCUCGGCUGCCCUGUACCUCGUCGAUGCUGUGGCGCGGAUGCUUCUGGAGAUCUCCCAGUCUCUGUGCCCCAAGUCCAGAACCCCAGGCACGGAAGCCCUCUGGCAGGGGGCUGGCCUUGUACUGAAUGAGUCUCAGUCUCUGGGCUGAGGCAGCUGGGAGUGGACGGGAGAGAAGGAGCCUGACUCAUCCGGUUCGGCUGAAAGUCUCUGCUAAACCGGACCGGCCUCUACUCACACCGACAAGGCCAUGGCCCCGAGCUGCUGGAUACAGCCGGACGUGAAUCCCUGAUGCCCACGUGGCCUUGUUGCCCAGACAGGCACGAAAGAGGCUCAGCCCUUCCUGUUUUCACGUCUGCCGAUCUGCGUCACCUCACUGAUCCUCCUGAGCCCUGCCUUGGCCGAGAGUCCUAACCGCAAGCUUCCAGAAUCGGGUUCCCUUAGGAAUAAUGGGGGCUGGGAGCCCAGUGCGCCAGACUCAGACCCCUGGAGCCUGGGAUACCUUGGGCUAGGCUCUUGUCCCCUCUUUGAGCCUCAGUUCAUGCUGUAUAAAAUAAGAAGGGAGUGUCUAGA